GAACUCCCACAGAACAUGGAUGGAGAGUGAAAAAGUGCAGCCGCAGGGCUAGUUACAAACUUUCCACCAAUCACAAUGCAGCGUUGCCCUGACGUCACGUGAGCAACGCGGAAGCUCCGCCUAGUUGAAAAACAUGUUGCCCUUGGUUACGAACUUUCCACCAAUCACAGCGAGGCAAAGCGAUAUGGACGUUAGAGCUGCGCCGAGAUUCUGAGGGGAAACACUGUAAGCAGCGCGAGAGAAAAGAAAAAGAGACAACUUUAUCCACUUUACUCGCUUUCUGUCAGGACAGUUGACAUUUUCAUGAUUAGUAAGUCAGAGUAAUGACAAUGCUGGGCAUGUACGUGCCAGACAGGUUCGCUCUGAAGUCCUCCACAGUCCAGGACGGAGUCGGGCUGUACACUGCGAGACGAGUCAAGAAGGGAGAGAAGUUCGGACCGUUCGCGGGCGAGAAGAGGAUGCCUGGUGAUCUGGAUGAGAGCAUGGACCCGAGGCUGAUGUGGGAGGUUCGAGGGAACAGAGGUGACGUUCUGUACAUACUGGACGCCAGCAACCCUCGACACGCUAACUGGCUGCGCUUCGUGCACCAAGCGCCGUCUCAGGAGCAGAAGAACCUGGCUGCCAUCCAGGACGGGGAGAAUAUCUUUUACCUCGCCGUGGACGACAUCGAGACGGACACAGAGCUCCUCAUCGGCUACCUGGACAGCGACAUGGAGGAGGAAGAGGAGGACGAGAUCGUCAAAGAGGAAGAAGAAGAAAACAAAGAGGCCAAGAGCGUCGGCACUCAGCCAGAGUCAGUGAUGAAGCAGGAAGAUCACCAGUGUCUGCUGUGUGAGAGCAGUUUUCCCAGUGAGGAGGUUCUGGCUGAACAUCUGCAGAGUUUACACCAGCGAGCCAGCGCCGAGGACAAAGAGUUCAAGUGCCGCAACUGUGGCAAAGAGUUCCCCGUCAAACAGGCACUGCAGCGCCACGUUCUCCACUGCACUGAGAGUUCUGUUUCAGCUGGAGAUGCUUCCCGAGUUCACCAGUGUGCUCUCUGUCACUGCUCCUUCAGCUCUGAGUCCAGCUUUGAACAACACAAGGAAGCCUGUAAAGGAGAAGCCAGGUUUAUCUGUAAGGCCGAGAGCUGCGGGAAGAGAUUCAAGAGCAAAGACGCGCUGAAGAAGCACAAAAGCAACGUCCACACAGGCAGCACUCGCAGGAAGCUCAUAUGCACCAUCUGCAACAGAAAAUGCUCGUCUUCAGUCAACCUGCAGGAGCACCGCAAGGUCCAUGAGAUAUUCGACUGCUCUGCCUGCGACAAGAAGUUCAUCUCAACCAAUCAGCUGAAGCGCCAUAUGAUCACACAUUCCGAGAAGCGACCCUACAUUUGUGAGAUCUGCAACCGCAGCUUCAAGCGCUUGGACCAGGUGACGGCUCAUAAAAUCAUCCACAGCGAGGACAAACCGUACAAGUGCAAGCUGUGCUGGAAAGAGUUCGCUCAUCGUAAUGUCUACAAGAACCACAAGAAGACGCACUCAGAGGAGAGGCCAUUUCAGUGUGAGGAGUGUAAGGCUUUGUUCCGGACACCUUUCUCCCUCCAGCGCCAUCUCCUCAUCCACAACAGUGAGAGGACGUUCAAGUGCGACCAGUGCGACGCCACGUUUAAGCGCAAGGACACGCUGAACGUACACAUACAGGUGGUACAUGACGGACACAAGAAGUACAAGUGUGACCUGUGCGAGAAAGCCUUCGUCACGCCGUCCGUGCUCAAGAGCCACAAGAAGACUCACACUGGAGAGAAGGAGAAGAUCUGUCCUUACUGCGGUCAGAAGUUCGCCAGCAACGGGACCCUGAGAGUGCACAUUCGCAGCCAUACAGGUGAACGCCCUUACCAGUGCCCGUACUGUGACAAGGCCUUCAGCAAGAAUGAUGGACUGAAGAUGCACAUACGAACACACACUCGGGAGAAGCCGUAUAAAUGCAGUGAGUGCAACAAGGCCUUCAGUCAGAAGCGAGGUCUGGAUGAACACAUGCGCACACACACCGGAGAGAAGCCCUUCCAAUGUGACGUUUGCGACCUGUCGUUCAGUCUGAAGAAGAUGCUGAUCCGCCACAAGCUCACCCACAACCCCAACCGGCCCAUGGCCGAGUGCUCGCUCUGCCACAAGAAGUUCACCCGCAACGACUACCUCAAAGUGCACAUGGAGAACGUCCACGGAGAGACGGAAAGCUAGAGACAGGUCACACGCCUCCGGAUACGGACCCACGCACACACACGUUCAUUUUACUAUCUUCGUAAAGACCUCAUAAGUAUUAUUAACAUAGCCAGGUAACACCUAAAUCUGGUCGCUACUACGAUAUAAAAACAUGCUCCUACACACUCACACACACAUGGUUAGAAAUGUACACACGCGUACACAAAAACGACAGCAAGUGAAAAUAUCUUAAGCUAUCUAGUAUUUCCUAUUGUAAUUCUUAUUACAGAUGAUUAUUAAACUUUUUUCUCAUUACAAGCUUGAAAUGAUCUUGUUCAAUUGACAGAUAUAUAUAUGUAUAUAUAUAUAUAUAGUAUUUAUACAAAGAAAUUAUCUACCCAUAAAAUAAGAAGAUUUAAAGCUAGAUAAUAAAUAACCGUGUAUUAUUUUUACUUAUAAUAAUCUCAUAACAGGAAAUAUUACAUAAAUGUGCCUAUAUUCAAGAUAUUUUCACUCGCUAAGAUGUUUUUUUUUUUUUUUUGCAGUAUAGUAUUGCAUUAUGUCAGUAUUAAAUAGCGUUUUUGGUUGGGUUUUUUGGGGGUUUUUUUUAAUGCAGCGCGAAUCCUUGUUAUUUAUCCAUACAGAGCAGAAUUUCUAGGGAGUAAACCCUGUUACAGCGCAGGACAAUCACACGGAUAUUUCAACCAGAGAGCCUGACUUUGUAUUAACGAUCGUCCGGCUAGAAAUGAAAAUAUACAAGAGGGUACCCCUUGAAGCCUGCACUCUUCAUGUAAUGUUUACGUAUAAUUAAGUUUCUUGAGUUUUCCACUUCUUUCUACAAAGUCAGUAAGGAAUAAAACACCAGUGCGCAUGCCAUUAUAGGAAACGAAUCGAUGACCGGGUGGUGCGACGUGGCCCGACAUGAAGCACGGUCACUGCCGCCUCUCUGAAAUGAAUUCACGCCAUUUAAAUGAUUAUUAUAUCUUCAGGAAAUCCGUUGAUCCGUCAAACACGCAGCUUGUUGAAUAUUACCGGUCGAUCGCUUUCUAAAUGAUGUGCACGACGACGUGUUUUAUUCCUCUGACGCCUGAGCAGUUUGCCAAAGAUUCCAAAGAAAACGUUCAUUUAUUAAAGAAAGACGUACGAUUUUGUCCGUUUGCAUCCCGUUACAUUUUACUGGGCACCGUGUCACCGGAAAGGAUGACGUUUCACUCGGCGUCCGUGUUGUACUUACACUUUUCCACGCAAUAAUAUUUCUCCACAUUAACUGGUGCAGAAAUAAUGAGAGAAAUGCAAUAAGAAGAGUAUUUUGUGUUAUGCAGUAUUUAUGUUACAUAUGUUACAAGGUACAGAUACAUUCCUUUAUUAAAGUGUCAGUAUUUUUGUAUGUUACGCUUAUUAUUAUUAUUAUUAUUAUUAUUAUUAUUGAAAAGAGAAGAAGGUUUAUGAAUUAUUGUCCUGAUCAUACAAGGAGCCGAAUGCUGAUUGGCCAGUUGUGUUUCUGGAAUGUUGAAUGUUAAUGCUCGAGUGUUACACCUAUCAGUAUCUCAGUAUGAUUUUGAUUUGUAUUUUCGUUCCCACUUUUUCUUCCUUUCAUAACCUGUUAUUCAAUAUAAAUAAUGAAACGAG